AUGCUGACUGGCCUCAAAUCGGUUCAGACAGCCAGGCGAUCUUUCAAUGUGGAAAUCUACAAAAUCAACUGUGACAACUUUCGCUCACCCAUGAAGUUCUUCAAUUGUGCUUUUACCAAAUUGGAUACAAAUCGCUUUGCAUCUGAUUGUGCUCUAAUGUUGGAGCGCCAAUUACUAAGAAACGCCGAGAUUGGCAUUGAGGUGACUUAUGUAUUGCCCAAGGGUCAAAAUAUUGUGAAAUUCCUUCAAAUUAAGUUGAAUAUAUGCGAUGCCCUUGAACAGCUAAAGACCGUACCUUUACUCAAAAAGCUAUUCAUUGAACUUAUACACAAUAGCAACAUACCAUACACAUGUCCCAUAAAAGGAAAUGAGGUGUAUAAUAUGACCGGCUUUAUAAUAUCCGAUGAGGUUUUUCCACCCUACACACCCAUAUUGGCAUUCAACUAUACGGUGAGUUUUUAUGAGAACCAGAAACUGUUUGCCACUCACCAUACCCAAGGGGCCACUGUACCGAGAUCUAAAAUUUAA